AUGGGUCUGUAUGUGGAAGGGCCUAAUGUUACUUUAUCUCAGUCUUCUCAGAAUUUAUCUGAAGAAUUUGCUGAGGCUGCACAACAGCUUAAAAAAGAAGCUCCAAGAAUCCAGUUUGGCAAAAUUGAUGUGACACACCAACAUGAUUUGAGAAAAGAAUUUAAUAUUCAAGCCUUUCCUACUGUUAAGUUUUUUGUGAAUGGCAGCAGGGAAGAUCCCACAGACUGCAAAGGAGUCAGAAAAGCCUCAACCUUUAUUACAUGGGUAAAAAGAAGAACAGGACCUAGCGCUGUUUUAAUCAACUCUACUGAUCAGGCUGAAGCCAUCAUAAAAACUGAUGACUUAGCAGUGAUUGGCUUCUUUAGGGAACUUUGCAAUGACAGUGUGGAAGUUUUCUGUGAGACAGCAAGAGAUGUGCCAGAGAUGCCUUUUGGGAUGACAGUCAGUGAGGAUGUCUGUGCUAACUACGGUGUCCAAAGGAACUCUCUCAUUGUGUUUAAGAAGGGAAAACCUGGGCAUAAUGAAGUGCUUGAAGAUGGUAAACAGAGCAAACUGGGCCUGACAAGGCUAAUCAAAACCUUUACCUUGGAUUUGGUCACUGAAUACAAUAUUGAGACAUCUGUGAAGAUUUUUGAUGUCCCUGUUGAAAAUCACAUCCUGCUGUUCACCCCAAUGAACUCGGAGCCGUUCAAUGAGAUUUACGAAAACUACCAGUCUGCUGCUGCAGAAUUCAGAGGAAAGAUAUUGUUUGUUUUGGUGGAUACUAAUGAAGCAAGGAAUGGCCGGAUUUUUGAGUAUUUUCGCAUCAGGGACAUUGAUGUUCCUGCUGUGAGAAUCCUAAAUCUGACCAGCGAUGCCAGGUACAAAAUGCCUGCAGAUGAGGUGACUGUGGAGAACCUGAAAGAAUUUUGCCAGAACUACCUAAAUGGAAAAGCAAAGCAACAUCUCCCUAGUGAAGAAAUUCCACAAGACUGGGACAAGAUGCCUGUCAAAGUACUUGUUGGGAAGAAUUUCAACAGUAUCAUCUUCUUCCACCCUUAUCUGACACCCACCACAUUUUCCCAGAAGAUUGCAAUAUUAGACCAUUUGCAGUGCAGUGCUUGAUAUGAACUUCCCUCUUGAAGUAAUUCUCCAUCCUCACCUCAGGGCAUUCCCAAACACACAAACAAGAUAAAUAGGGUAGUUUCUUUUGAGAUUACCAAAGAAAGACUGUCUUGUACCCAUCAGCACACGUGGUAUUCUAAGUUCAUAAUAAAUCUUCAUACAAAACUUCAUCUAAGCUUUGCCAUAAACCAGUGAGAAUGUUUGAAAACAAAGUGCAUUUUAGCAAUAGCUGCACAAUUUCUGACCUCAUUGACAAGACCGCAAGUUCCUUGGUUGAAAAAAUGAAAAAUCUGCAUUUCAACCAAUCUUAAAAUGUUUGAUUUUUUUUUUUUUAAGAUUUACUAGAGUCUUUGUGAACAUUUGUAAUAAGCAAUUUUAAUUUUGCAUUUCCUUUUUUUAAAAGGAUCCUUUGGGAGGAAUCAAAGAGGAUUUCAGCCUAAAGGAAACUGUAAUAACAGAGAAAGAACUUUAAUAGUACAGAGAAAGAUUCUCAGGAUUGUGAGGAAUCCUUCCUGGAAGGAGCUCACUGGAAGAAUGAUUCAUCUCAAGUGAACACAGAGCUGAAUAAAAAAAAUAAAAGUAAAGAAUUUAGUACCCA